AUACUAUAGCCUUAAAACCACUCAAAACCCCUAAAUCGGAAAUCUCUCUUCGACGGGAUCGCAGGAAAGUCAAGCUGUCGUUCAUCAUGGUCAUUUGUCCGAUCACGAUCGCCCGUUCCGGCGAUCGAGACGGCGACUUCAGCUGCUGAUUAGCCACGUUCGAUUCCGUCUGAUUUGGUCGGAAAAAAAAGGGGUUUGAAAAUGAGUCAGCAGCCGUCGGUGAUCCUCGCGACCGCCAGCUACGAUCACACCAUCCGAUUCUGGGAGGCCAAGAGCGGGCGAUGCUACAGAACGAUUCAGUACCCGGAUUCGCAAGUCAACCGGUUGGAGAUAACUCCACAUAAGCGGUACCUGGCUGUGGCGGGAAAUCCCAGCAUAAGAUUGUUUGAUGUCAACUCAAACACCCCUCAACCGGUGAUGAGUUUCGACUCCCAUACCAAUAAUGUCAUGGCUGUGGGGUUUCAGUAUGAUGGAAAUUGGAUGUACUCAGGCUCUGAAGAUGGAACUGUUAGAAUAUGGGACCUGAGAGCUCGUGGUUGCCAAAGAGAAUAUGAAAGCCGUGGAGCUGUAAAUACAGUUGUUCUGCACCCAAAUCAGACUGAACUAAUAUCAGGAGACCAAAAUGGAAAUAUCCGUGUAUGGGAUUUGACAGCGAAUUCAUGCAGCUGUGAGUUGGUACCAGAGGUGGAUACAGCGGUCAGAUCCUUAACAGUAAUGUGGGAUGGGAGUCUGGUGGUUGCUGCAAAUAAUAAUGGAACAUGUUAUGUUUGGCGCUUGUUGCGUGGGAGUCAGACAAUGACCAACUUUGAGCCACUUCAUAAACUACAGGCACAUAAUGGAUAUAUUCUUAAAUGUCUUCUUUCACCUGAGUUUUGUGAACCCCACAGAUAUUUGGCUACUGCUUCUUCUGACCAUACCGUCAAGAUUUGGAAUGUUGAAGGUUUCACUCUAGAAAAGACUUUGAUAGGACAUCAACGCUGGGUGUGGGACUGCGUUUUCUCAGUAGAUGGUGCUUAUCUUAUAACAGCUUCCUCGGACACAACAGCAAGACUCUGGUCCAUGUCGACUGGUCAAGAUAUCAGGGUGUAUCAAGGACAUCAUAAAGCAACUACUUGCUGUGCCCUCCACGAUGGUGCGGAAGGGUCUCCAGGCUGAUAUUGGAAAAACGCUAGGGCUUAAACCGCAUCAGUUCGCAAUUCCCCUAACGGAGGCCGACUGUUUUCCUUUGAGUAAAAAAGUUCGUUGUUGUCCGAACAAUCACAUUCUUCGCAGAUUAAAGUGCACAUAAGUUGCUAGCGUUGGACUAUCCAAGUUGUCGUCUUUUGAAUAUCGAAAUGAUGAAUUUCCGAGGGAAACAGGGCAAGAGAUGAAAGCUUGAAGCUUUUUAGCACGGCCA